GACAGCUUGCUGCUAAACGGAUUCAUUGACAUCUAUUUGUCUUAUUCUAGCGUCAUUCGUCAUGAUACUGUUAUCUCUUUCAGCGUUAUAGAAACAUUAUUGUUUCGUGCAUGUACAAAUAAAUUGUGAGAGACGGAUCAACCGUGAGACUGAGUACUUUUCUUUGAGGUCGUAGGUAUGCUUGCGUUUUGAGUGUUAAAUUGUGUUUCGCGUUAAUUUCCUCGUAUAUUUACAGAUAUUGACGUUAUUUAACAGACAAUAAAUCUUUGUUUGUGUGAAAAAUUUACUGUGUGUAAAUUGUCGUAAAUAAACAUUCGUGGUGCGACAAAAAAAAAUUUGCGAAAAUAAUUUUCUUUGAGAGAAAAUAACUGAAGAAUUGUGCAGAGGAUAACAAAAACAAGUACCAAUCGAACAUAGACAAUAAUCGAAUACAUUCCGAAGACUCGAAUAUCAAUUAAAACAAGACUGAUUUGAAUUAGCUAUUAAGUAAUCCAUUCCAAAAGAUGUGUGAAUGAAAUAUUGUAACAAUACAAAAUGUUCAAGCUUUUGGGAGGUCUUAGCGUAUACUUCAAGUACCAGCCGAUCAGGACUGACAAUGCCGUCUUCAGGCUGCACAACAUCUUCACGACGGUGUUGCUGCUGACAUGCUCCAUAAUAAUCACGGCGACACAGUAUGUCGGGCAGCCGAUACAGUGUAUCGUGAGCGGGCUCCCGGUGAAUGUGGUGAACACGUUCUGCUGGAUCACGUCGACGUUCACAAUGCCCGAUGCGUUUACCAGAGAGGUGGGCAAAGAAGUGGCUCAUCCAGGAAUCGCGAACGAAUAUGACAGCACGCAGGAGAAGAAAUACUAUACAUACUAUCAAUGGGUGUGCUUCGUGCUUUUCUUCCAGGCGAUAAUGUGCUACACACCCAAGUUCCUAUGGGACGCGUUCGAGGGAGGGCUGUUGCGGACCAUUGUGAUGGGACUCAACAUUGGUGUCUGUGACCAGGAAGACAAGAAGAAGAAGAAGAAAGUGCUCAUUGCGUACCUGAUCCGACAUCAAAACACGCACAAAUUCUACGCGCUACGGUACUGGGGCUGUGAGUUGCUAUGUCUGAUCAAUAUCAGCUUGCAGUUGUGGAUGAUGGACAGCUUCUUUGAUGGCGAGUUUCUGUCUUACGGCACCAGGGUCCUGGGAUACAGUGAAGUGCCUCAAGAAGAAAGAUACGACCCCAUGAUUUACGUGUUCCCACGCGUUACAAAAUGUACAUUCCACAAGUUCGGUGCGUCCGGCAGCAUACAGACCCACGACAGCCUCUGUAUAUUGCCGCUGAACAUCGUCAACGAGAAGACAUAUGUCUUCCUCUGGUUCUGGUACAUCAUACUGCUAGUGGUGCUGUCCUUGCUGAUUGUAUACAGACUGGUGAUAAUCUUCAUGCCGUCGAUACGUCCGCGGCUACUGCAUGCGCGCUCACGCACCAUCGCCAUGGACACAGCAGUGGUGGUGUCACGUCGCACCGAUCUCGGUGACUGGUGGCUGCUUUACAUGCUCGCCAGGAAUAUGGAUCCGCUCAUAUUUAGUGAGCUUAUGUCUGAGUUGGCCAAAUGCAUGGGUGAGAAGCCAAGCCCUCGCGCGUGACGUCCGGCCCCGCCGCCCCCGCCGACGCCGCCUCACCCCACCGUCGCCAUUGUCGGCGCCUGACGUCAACCGCACCGCACACGAGUCUCCACAGCGACUCUUUCACACCAGAAGACACUCAUAUGUAGAUAUUUGAUGUAAGUAACGUUGAAUGAUGUUGGUAAACAGGGUGUUAUGGAAAGGGUACAACGAUAAGGGCCUUGAUUAGAAAAUUAGCCACGUUUUUGCGACGUUGCUCACGUGCGAUGCGAUUAAAAAACAGUCCAUGUUUUAAUCCAAAAUAUGGUUCAUUUGUCCUUUCUACUAUCUAAAAUUUCCUAUACUUAUGGAUCGUAUGCUUGAUUAAUACGUUACAGACAGCUAAUAAAAUAUAUAUAUAUAUAUAAUAUAUAUAUAUAUAUAUAUAUAUAUAUAUAUAUAUAAACGUGUAAGAUACGUGAGUGAUAAUGCAUUAGAUUUCCAUUCAAAUCUAUUAUUUAAAUGUGAUUUAGUAAUACAAAAAUUCAAACAUCAUAGGUUUCUUGGGUAAAAUUAUUUAGUGUGACGAAUGCUAUUGCUAUAUGUUUCCCUUUCCGUCACAGUCUGUAUAAUAAUCGUAGUUUAUAUACACGACAUGUAUGUAGAUAUUAAUUCCUAAUUUCCCAACUAUACAUGUUGUAUGGGAACAAAUUACAGUAAAUUUAAGUUUAUAAUACGAACAAGUCGGCGUAGUUAUAUAUAGUCCGUGACAUUACUACGAGAUAUAUUUGCUAUUUCCAAUAGUAAUGAUUAUAAAUAUAUAUAAUGAUAAACAACCAGGUUGCAUUUAGAAAUCUGGAAUAGAUUUACAUUAUUUCUUUGAUGAUUUUAAAAAUCGAAUCUUUCUUUUUAAAACAGGUCUGUUAUUGUGAAUUAAAAUUUAUGAUCUGUGAUCAUUUUAUAAUCUUUUUAUAAUUGGAAUCACAGAUUAAAUAUUUUCUAUAGUUCUCAAUCUAAAACUGGUCGACAAACAAUACGAUAUACUUGACAAAGCCAAGCUAGGUUUUCACUGAUUGACAUCUUACUAACAAUUUCCUUGGGCUUACGUGAAGAAAGAAAGUUUCGAUUGAUUGUUCCUGUUAGAAGUCGUAUUGUUUAAAGGCAAUCUAAGAGUUAAAUUUUUUGUCAAGAGUCUCUAAAAAUGUAUUUUUUAUUUUUUCUCAUUUAGCAGAUUUUAUUAAGCCUUGUUUCAUAUAUUAUGACAAAUGAAAAAAAAUCUCUAAUAAUUUUAGUUUAGCUGUAUUAUACCAACUAAUGAUCUUAACAAAUCAUUUUUUUCAUGUAAUUUUUUAUAAGUAACGCUAACGUAGACUUUCACACUGCCAUUUGUAUGAAUUAUCUAUAUCAUAGAAUCUUAUGAAUUUCAUCUCGAAAUAUAAUCUCGUAAAUACAGUAAAGCAAUGGUUGUAUUUUUACGUAUAUUACUUGUAUAUAAUUGUUAUACAUUUUUAUAUAUAUAUACAUAAUUUGUGAAAAUCAAAUGUAGUUCACUUAAGGCACUCUUUAAAAUACGUCACGCGAACUCGACUCGUGUUUCAUUUGUUUUUCGAAAUUUUAAGUCUUCUUGCUCUGUUUAUAGUUGGUAUGGAGUCAUUUUCUUUCUCUAUUUUUCAAUCAAAAAAUUGUAUUCAGUUUUAUUUCAUUUUUCUAGUAAUAUCUGAAAAAUACUUUUUUCGUUUAUUUCAGUAAUUACAAUUCAUUAUUAUUUAUGAAAAAUACUUCUUAUUACUUCGUUCUGGCUUCAUCGUAACAUAUCAAUCUAGACAAUUUGUUCAUUCUAAUAUUGUGUACGUAUUUUAUGGAGGGUUUUAUAGACAUCGUAAAUAUGUCUUACUAUAUGUGUUUAAGUGCCAAGAUGUUUAUACAGUUAUUUGUAUACAUCUACAUAUAUAUACUAGGUCUUGAUAUUAAUAUAAAAAUCUCCAAAAGACAUGUACAAUUAUAAUUAUAUUGUCUCCGUCUAUUGUAUAAGUAUACAUUUUUUAGUAGCACAAAAUUUUUUCUACCAUUUUGGUAGAAAUCUCAAUGACUGGUAACAUUUAUGUGUAAAAUGAACUGACUCGAAGAGAAGGACGGUCAUAUCGCCUUUGUUGAUCAAAUUUUGAUAUUAAAUAAAGAACUCGAAAUUAUGGAUGUUACACGACAUAUUAAAAAAAAAUUACUUUUAAAAAAUUUGGUACGAACUGGCUAUCAAAAAUUAGAAAACUGAUUUGUGUAACAGAAAAGAGAUUAUAGCAAUGUAAUGAGAAAAUAUCUGGAUACUAUACUGUUUAAGACAUUAAUCAGGUAAAUUGACUCGUAAACGUAUAAAAUUAUUAUAACUGGAAUGUGUUUAUAUAAUUUUUAAGGGUAUUUUCCUUGGCAUUUUUUAAUGCAUUAUCACGCUGUGGACUAAUAUGACAGGUGAGACAUUAUUGAUAAUGUUUCUCAAUCGAUGCCUUGGUUUCACAAUUAUAACUAAAUUACUUUCAGUGUAUCUAAAUUACUGAAAGUUUUAUUGCAAAAAAUGACAUUUUUGUAACGCAAAAUGCCUGAUUAUGACUGGAAAUAACAAAUCAUAAAUAUGUGAUAUAUUGCGUAUGAAGUAGAUAUAAGAAAUUGUUAGUGAUGGUGUGUAUUUAGAGCAUAUAAUCCCGGAAUCCUGAAUGACAAAGGUAAUUUUGAAUAAUAUAAAAGUUUUUGUUAGAAGGUUGAAAUAUGAAUAAGAUUAAAAUCUUGUAUUACCAUUGAUUAACCAUGAUAUAAUUUUAUUUUUUGUGUCUGUGGUCAUUCAACAUUAUUUUUAAUUAUUUAUUUUAAUUUAUACGGUACAUUUAUAUAUAAUUAUUAUAACUACAUAUGUAACGGCCCGUUGCCUUUGUCAUUCGGGAUCCCGGAAUUGUAUUCUUUAUGUGUAUUGUUCUCUAUAUUUAGAGAUCAGUCGAUGUGUUCUUGGUGUUUGAUCGAUUUAAUAUCCGAGAUGAUUGGGAAAUUUUGUGGUUGUAGCAAUAAAUCGAAUAUUAGAAUAGUAGUUUUACAUUAACACAUGGCAACACUAUAUUGUGAAAAAAAUAAUACCUACUUUCAACUAAGAAGUUUAUAAACAAAUUGAGAUCACAACGUGAAAAUAAAAUCGAAUAAGUAACUUUGACUUCAAAGACGUCCUUUAAGUGUAAGCGAGAGGGAAGACUACAGAAAAAGUGACUUUCUUGUCUAUUGUAUCGUUAACUGUGAUCUUAAUUUGUUUUUUAAACGUCUUGGCUCUCAACAUUUGUAUUAUUGUUGCCAGUAAUGAAAAAAUACGACGUAUUUCUCAACUGAUCGUGUUCAUUUUUACUAGAUUGCACUCUUUUUCGAGCGUCUGUACGAUUGUGUCAAAUCGAGUGUUAAUUUCUUGUUUUAGAGAAGUUAUAUUGCAUUAUAUUCGCAACUAGUGUUGUGAUUUAUGAAUUAUAUAAAAUUAGACAGUGUUACAAGCUAUUUGAAAUGUUUUUAAAUUCUACUAUUUUGGUAGAAUGUUCAAAUGUUCUCUCUGUCAGGAUAGAAAUGUGUAACUUUUUGCUGAUAAUAUUUAUAUUUUUUAUUUUACGUACACGUAUUAUAAUAUAUGUGAGGAGAUAAUGUAUGUGUAACUUUAUUAUAUAAAAAAAUGUUUUUGUAUUAUAAAGGGGAGUGAUAGGAAUCGCUAAGUGAUAAAUGGUAAUAACAUAUGCUCUAAAACAAACUUAUUUCUAACACGAUUUUUUUAUUAUUUCUUAAUGAAAUGAAAUGAAAUGAAAUUCUCUAUUUAAUAUUGUAAUAACUUACAAAAGUGUAAAUUGUUUGAUCAUCUUGUUUACAAUAAAAAAAGACAUUUUAUGUAAGGGGCUAUGGAUUUUGAUAUGCAAGUUUGUUAUACUCAUUACAAAUAUUGGCCAUUUUGUUCGAAUUUGUGGAUGACUAGAGUAGCGUAUUGAAAUGAAGGAGUUUGUAUUUUAUAUUUUAAUUCUAUUGUACAUUUUAUAAAACAUUAACGUCGAUUCUGGGGCGUGAUUUUUCUAAACCUAUCUUUAAAGUCUAAUUUUCGAUUUGAUAUGACAACGUAAUUUUUUUUUUUUCUAAAGACCUAUAUGAAUUAAAUUUCCAAUACAUUUAUGUGAAAAUUAAAAUAAAUUUAUUUCACAAUGGUUCAUAAAAUAGUAAUUUUGCAACACUAUCACUACAUAAAUUUAAAUAUUAGAUUAAUCAGAUUUAAAGAAAUUGUGCCUCAGAAGCGACUUCAUUAUCAUUCACUAUAAACACAUUAGUUUUAAAGAUUUUAAAAAAUGAGGGUAAUUCGAAAUUGUAUUGUGUUUAGCGAUAUCCUCGUCAACAUAGAACCAAAUUUAAUGACUAUUGUAUGAAAUUGAAGUCGGUUUUUCAUCAAAACUAAUACAUAUAUAUCAUUUAUUAGAAGACUUUCUUUAUGACAGUAGGGUUUUAUUAAAGUUUUGCUCAAUUAUUUCAUCAAAUCAUUAUUGAUCUAGCCGUGAUGUUUGUAAUGUUGUUAUGUACAUUUAUUAAAUGUUGGUGAACUAAAAUUAGUUAAAUUACAUUAAACAUUAUAUUUGGUAUCAUAUAGAAUUCAUCCCUAUAAGGGUCAGUGCACACUGGUGGACAGAUACCAAUUCGUUAUCAUUUGAAAAUUUAUUAAUAAUAUUUCUUAGCGCGAUAAGAAUAUAGGACAUAGAUAGAAAUAUGGACAGGUCAUUUACUAUCGUUACUUUGCCUAGUGCCCGAUAAUAACUCAUCGUUGCUACUCCGCCAGUGUACGCUGACCCUUUUAUUUGCCAUUAAAUGCCCGUUCACACUGAAGUAUUACAUUUGCAACAUCGUUACCACAAUAGAUUUUAAGAAAUUAACUGUACAACUAACUAUCAAUGGACACUGUUAACGCAUGAAACACAAAUGUUCCUAAUACAUUAAUUUUAGUUCACAAUAUUCCCAGUUUUGACACAAAAGACAAAGCGGGGUGGUCAGUUUUUUUAAAGAUUUUUCUUCAAUAAAAAUAUGAACUCUAAGUCUUAGGUGUAAAGUGUAUUUUUGAUUGCACGACGGAGGCGUUUUUCCUUAAGUGUAUUAAUUAGUAAAAAAAGUCUUAGUUUAUUUGGGAAAUAAAAACUUUAUAAAAUAAUAGUUAAAAAAAAAAAGAUAGGAAAAAAGACAAUAAUAAAUUAAUAAUAAUUUAUUAUUAAACAAAAAUUAAAAUACGCGGUGAAAUUGUUUACUUUUAUUUAUUAUUUUAAUAAGAAAAAAAAAAUAUGUUCGGAAAUCAUAUAUACACACACACACACACACACACACACACACACAAAGUACCUAAAUACAAGACGAGCAUUCAAAAAAAUAUGUUUUUCAAUUAUGUUAAUUUUCUUUAAAAACUGAUCACCCUAUAAAGAUUUAUUUUACUAUUAGAUAUUAAUGUCAUAGAUCACACGCGUCUAGAUAGCGAGCCCCUCAACAAAAGCUUCGACAAAACAGAUGCAAUUUUUUUUAAUCUUGAUUGAGUGAAUUUCUAUCAUAGACCACACGUAGUUUUAAUUCCCUUAUUCAUAAAAAUAUCAAAUGUUUAAUAAAAUAAAUAAUAAUCUGUAUAUUAACUAUUGAAAUGACUUCUUUGUAUUUUAUAAUACACAAAGUGAAAAAAUAUGCUUGUAAGAGGUUUUAGUUUUUACGUUUAAAGUAGUUACACGAUUUUUCAUUGUGUGGGAGAAUAGAGAAGAUAAAUAUAAGAAAUGUUAUCUAAUAAACGACGCUUUUGUGUUUCGUUUUUAAAAAUUGCUCGUCCAAACAAACCAAACAAGUCGGCUGAUCGUUUUAUUGAAGCGUUUUUCACAUUCGAUGCUACAUCUAGAUGCAUGUGAUCUAUUUAAUGUAUAGUUAAUUGAAUGAUGUCGCAUUUAUUUUAAUUUGUUAAGUGAAUCUUAGAUUAUAAUUGGAAGAAGACAGAGAAAGAGAGAGAGAGAAGAAUAAAGUGAGAGAUAUUUCGCGAUGAAUUGUAUUUGUGUAUUGGUUAUACAGUUGCAUUUUAAAUACGUUACAGUUUCAUAUUAAAGAUUUAUUUCGACUUUUUUUUUUUGUUUCAUAAUGUAAGGAAAUUGGUACGUAUUUUAAAUGACGGUGAGGACAAAUUAGCGAAUUUUAAAAAUUUAUUUUAUUAUUUAUUACAAAAGAAAAAGCCAUUAUUGCUACUUGAUAUUUCGUAAGUUCGCUGUAAGUAAUAAUUUUAUUAUGAAAUUAUAUAUUACUUUGAUUUUUUUAAA